AUGCGCGAACUUCCUCGGUCCUUUGCACAUCAUCAUGCCGAUUACCAGAUCCAAGUUGACGCCUCUGCUCUCGACCCACCCAAUGUCUCUGCGGGACUCCCUUGUCCCUCUGUGACGUAUUUUCGUCAUCUUGUCCUGCGCGGCCCGCCUCGUCUCCUUGCCUCCGAUGUGUCCCUGUCGCUCGCCUAUGCUCACCACCCAGACGCCUUUGUGACCCGUGCUGCCUCCGCCGCUCCUCUCGCUAUUUGCGCCCUCCUUUCCACCUCUUUCCGUAGAGCCUCUGCGACCCUUGCUGCAACUGCCGCCUCCCUUUCUUCCCUUUCCUUCCUUCUCGCCUCUGCGAACUUUGCUGGUUCAGCCGCCUCCCUCUCUCUCUGUGCCCUCCUUUCCUCCUCUUUCCGGAUUGGCUCUGCCACCCGUGCUGCCUCUACUGCCUCCUCUAACUGCGCCCUCCUUUCCCCCACUUUCCGCAGCGCCUCUGUGACCCUUGCUGCUACCUCGGCCUCCCUUUCUCCCUUUUCCUUUCUAAUGGCCUCGGCGACCCGUGCUGCCUCUGCCGCCACCCUUCCUCUCUCUGCCUUCCGACCAGCCUCUGCCACUUGUGCUGCCUCUGCCGCCCCCCUCUCUCUUUGUGCCCUCCUUUCCUCCUCUUUCUGUAUAGCCUCUGCGACCCUUCCUCUGCAACUUGUGCUGCUUCUGCCGCCUCCCUCUCUCUCUACGCCCUCCUUUCUUCCUCUUUCCGAAGAGCCUCUGCGACCCAUGCCGCUGCUUCGGCCUCCCUUUCUUCCUUUUCCUUUGAACUUUGCAACCCGUGCUAUUUCUGCCGCCUCCCUCUCUCUCUGCGCCCUCCUUACCUCCUCCUCUUUUCUCGGAUCUUCUGCGACUCCUGCUGCUACUGAGGCAUCCCUAUCCCCCGUCUCCGUUCCAAUGGCCUCAACGACCUUUGCUGCGACUGCAUCCACCCUUUCUUCCUCUGCCUUUUGA